AUGCGUGGCUCUAAUUCGCGCCUUGAGCGUAACCGGAGAAUGGAAAAACUGGACGACACCUUUCAGGCUUUGACGCGACAUCAAACUGGCACGCCUCAUAACCUUGAAUGGGGCCAAGUCGUUGUCGAGGUCAAUAUCAUGACGAACGCUGGCAGCGUGGCGACGGCGGUUGCUCUCACCAACGUCUUUUACCGAGUAAUCCGGACGCCUCGAGCCAGGGCCCUUCUACGCAAGGAGCCUGAUGCAGCCCUCGAACCCGACAAAGUCAUCGCCCUAGACGACAAGGCCAAGCAUCCCCCGUACCUUCGAGCUUGCUUGCAUGAAUGUCCCCGCCUAUUCCCGCCGACGACGCAUGGUUUGCCCCGAAAGACAUCCCCAGAUGGCCUGAACGUCAUACGUCCCCGGAAACAAGACAGUCCAUGA